GAGGGGGUUCGGCAGUGUGGUUAAAAGAAAAGUGGUGAGAAAUAUGGUGAGGAAAGAGGAAAUUAAUUUUGCUUGCUUUCAAGAAACUAAACUAGAGACUAUUGACAAGGAUUUUUGUUUAUCUAUUUGGGGGCAUGAAAAUUUUGAUUGGGCAUAUAAGGCUUCGGUGGGAAGAUCAGGAGGUAUAUUGUGUGUGUGGGAUAAUGAUAUAUUUGUUAAAGAAACAGUUGUCGAAAUAUCAGGAGCAGUGGCAAUUUACGGUCUGUGGGGACUCCAAAAGCAAAAGUGUUGCAUCGUCAAUGUUUAUGCCUCAUGUAACAGGAAUGAAAGGAUGGAAUUAUGGGCUGAUUUACAAAAGAUGAUUGAGGAAGAUGAUGGCUUUUGGUGUAUAGCUGGUGAUUUCAACAGUGUAAGAUCAGAGGAAGAGAGAAGAGGAAGAACGGAGCAUUCCCGCUUCAGGGAGGACCUUAAUGACUUCAUUGAAAGUGCUGGUUUGAAUGAUUUGCCACUAACAAGGAGGAAAUUCACUUGGUAUAAAAGUGACGGGUCAGCAAUGAGCAGACUGGACAGAUUCCUUAUUUCUGAUGAUCUUCUCACGUUCUGGGGUGACUGUUGUCAGUUUGGACUAAACAGAACUAUAUCAGACCACUGUCCGGUGAUAUUAAAAAUGGUUAACGGUGACUGGGGGCCAAAACCAUUUAGAACUCUAAAUUGCUGGGAUCAACAUCCAGAUUUCAUCAGAGUAGUUGAGGAUAGUUGGAAAACUACUGAGGUUGGGGGAUGGAGUGGAUAUGUGUGUAAAGAAAAAUUCAAACAAUUGAGGAAUAAACUGAAGACAUGGAAUAUCGAAGUCUUUGGUAACUACGAGCAUCAGAUUGCAGCCGCAGAAGCAAAAAUUAAAGGAGUAGAUAGUAAGAAUGAAGACAAUGAAUUAACAGAGGAGGAUAUCUUGCUUAGAAGGGAGGGGUUCAGUGAACUAUGGGAAGCAUGGCAAAGAAGAGAAGUGGCAUGGAAGCAGAAGACUAAGCUUGACUGGGUUCAGCAAGGGGAUGCCAAUUCUAAGCUCUUUCAUAGAAUUGCUAGCAGCAACAGGACCAGGAAACUGAUUCGGGGCUUAUACAAAAAUGGGUCAUGGAUGGAAGAACCCAAUUCAGUGAAGCAAGAAGUGCGGGAUUAUUUCAAAAAUAUUUUUCAAGAAGAAAAAUGGGAUAGACCAAAGCUUGAUGGUUUGCAAUUCAAACAGUUAGAUGAUGAAGACAGACUUUGGUUAGAAAGAGAUAUUUCAACAGAAGAGGUGAAACAAGCAGUGUGGGAAUGUGGAGGGGACAAGUCACCAGGUCCUGAUGGGUUCAGCUUCCAUCUAAUUAGAUCUUUCUGGAGUGUGGUCGAAAAAGAUAUUGUUGAUUUUGCUCAAGAAUUCUCCAGUAAUGGCAAACUGGUAAGGGGACUAAAUUCUUCUUUUAUUGUCCUUAUUCCAAAAAAAGCUAAUCCUGUUGACUUAAAAGACUAUAGACCAAUUAGCUUGGUUAACAGUCUAUAUAAAAUAAUUUCGAAGGUGCUGGCUAACAGGAUUAAGAAAGUUUUAUCUAAAGUGAUUAGUGGGGCACAGUCUGCAUUUUUGGGAGGGAGACAGAUCACUGAUGGAAUACUGAUUUUAAAUGAAGUAGUGGAGGAGAUCAAGAGGAAAAAGGUUAGUAGCUUCGUUUUUAAAGCAGAUUUCGAGAAAGCAUAUGACUGUGUGAACUGGAAUUUCUUAGAUGAAAUGAUGUGGAGGCUUGGAUUUGGUGAAAAAUGGAGAAAAUGGAUAAAGGAAUGUUUGCAAACAGCUUCAGUAUCAGUUCUUGUUAAUGGAAGUCCAACCAAUGAGAUCAAAAUGGAGAGAGGGAUAAGACAAGGUGAUCCCAUUGCUCCGUUUCUCUUUUUAAUUGUCGCAGAAGGCCUAAAUGGGUUGAUUGAAGCAGCUGUAAGUAAGGACUUACUCCAAGGAGUCGAUAUAGGCCCUUUUGGCCUCAACAUAUCUCACCUUCAGUUUGCCGACGACACCGUUAUCAUGGGGAAGGCAGAUCCUACAAACAUAAAAGCUGUGAAAGGGAUAUUGAGAUGGUUUGAACUGGUGUCGGGUUUGAAAAUCAAUUUUAACAAAAGUGUGCUGUACUCGUUCCAUGUCUCGGAUGAGUGGGGAAGAACGGCAGCUGCUACUCUUAAUUGUAAAUCAGGGUCCAUCCCAUUCACCUACCUUGGCAUGCCAGUUGGGGAUGCUAUGUGCAGGAGGAAACCUUGGAUUCCAGUUAUUGAUAAUUUUAGCAAGAAGCUGGCAGUCUGGAAAGCGAAACACCUCUCGAUUGGUGGCCGAGUUACGUUGCUAAGAGGAGAAGAAUAGGUUAGCAUGGCUGAGUUGGGAGAAAGUAUGUAGGGGGAAAAAAGAGGGAGGGUUAGGGGUUCCAAAUCUUGAGUAUAGAAAUAUAGCUUUGCUAGGGAA